GAUAUGGAGACCAGGACCCAGGAAGACCGCGAUCCUAAUUCUCUUGAAGGUACACAUUCUCUAGUUCCUGGAGAUUGGGUAGUCCUGAAGAGGCACGUAAGAAAGACCCUGGAGCCAAGGUUUGACGGUCCAUAUCAGGUGCAACUGACCACACCCACCGCCGUCAAGCUGAACGGGAGACCAGUCUGGGUCCAUGCAAGUCACUGCAAAAAGGUUCUGAAGACAGACAGUCACGAACAGGAGAGCAGCCCCACGGUUGUAAAUCCAACCAGUUGUGAGAGUAACGUGGAUCAGUAGACUAUCACAAUGCAUGCAAUGCCUUGCCUGUUUCUUUGUAUUCUAUGUUUUUGUGCGCAGGUGAAAGGAGGAAAACAUACAAAUUCCAUUUGGCAACUACAUCAACAGACUGCCAAGCAGCUGAAUACUACUGACUGUUGGAUAUGCUCUCAUAUCCCCGCCAGCUACAAGGGAAUCCCUCUGAUAGGUGUUCCAAUCUCUAUGAAUGAUUUGAAUCUCACAGACUAUAGCUAUGAUGUUCAAAUAGAUGUAGAACACACCUCACAUAAUGCUGUUUCUGAUCAAGGGAUAUACUUAGAGAUUACUGGUAUAAUCUCUCCGCCCACUAUAUGUUUGGGGCCUAUGUAUGUGAACCAUAUAGCUAAGAUAAAGGGCCGCUUUGUCAGUUUACCACAGAUAUAUGUGGGGGAAACAGAUUGUAGAAAUGCUACUCUGAUAUUCAAUAUGGAAUUUAGGAAGACUUCAUGUGACAUAAUGAAUACUAACUGUAAUAGUUUGUGUUUCUGUCCAACUAUGAAAGUUUCUUGUGCCCCCAGGUGUGCCUGUCCAGAAAAGAAGGACAAGGACAAAUGGAAUUGUGAGACCAAAUUGUAUGAUAAUAUGAUAUGGUUUCAGGAAUGGCUGGGACAUCACGGCAGGAUGAUUCCCAAAGUCCUGAAACAAGGACUAUACUACAUUUGUGGUAACAGAGCCUACUCAUGGCUCCCUAUGGGGGCAUGGGGCAACUGUACCAUAGGAAGAGUUGUCCCAGCCAUCAGACAACGCACAAACAUUUCACUUACCGAUGCCCCUGAAACUCUUCUUGGGAUGACUAGAAACAAACGAGAGUUAUUCACAUCAGCAGAUAAAGCUUGGAUGUGGUUCCCUUCUUGGACAGGUUGGGGAAUUGAGUUAGCAAAUAAAUUAAACAAAUAUGCAAAUAUCAUGGAUGGAAUUAUUAAUGAGACCACAAGUUCAAUCCAUGCCCUUAAUGAGGAACUGGCACAAGUCAGGAAAGUGGCUCUCCAAAAUAGGAUGGCCUUAGACUACCUCCUAGCUAUAGAGGGUGGGACUUGUGCUGUCAUAGGAGAAGAAUGCUGCACCUGGGUUGAAGAUUCACAUGAUCCCAUAGAGGCCCACAUGAAUAAGGUAAAGGAAUUGCAACAAAAGGCUAGAGACAUAGCUAAAGAAGGAUGGAACCCUUUUUCUUGGAUGGGGUCUAUAGGUGUCUGGUUCAACAAUAUGAUCUCUGAUUUACUGAAGCCUAUAGUGGUAGUGAUAGGCCUGGUUUUGGUAUUGCUAAUUGCUUGGAAAUUACUAAUGUUGUGUAUUUCUCAUUGCAGUAGGGGAAAUUCCCUCCCUUGAAAAUAGAUGACAUAACAGCCCUGGAGAUGACAGUCUGAAGCUCCUGUGCUGCGAUAUAUCCCUAGUUGCUGUUGUCGUCCACUUAGAUAGUGUGUGUUUGUGUGUCGUAUGUGGUUUUAAUAAAAUGUAUGUAUGCUUAAUCAAAUGACAACUACUAGACAGACUGGAAUCGAUGCUUGCAUCGCAUGGUCUAUGCAGCUUAUCUGUAUACUCUGUGAAGUACGGCCUGUCUA